ACUAGUCAAGCAGUAGCUGUGAGAAAAGUCCAGCCAAGAGGGCAGGCGUUCUCCAAUCCUGAUGAUUUCCAGAUGAGCGCCCAGACGGCCAGCCUAAGUAAAGAACACACACACGCUAAAAAGAAAAAGGGAGAAAGAGGAUGGAUGGAGGGAGGUGGCAACAGAAGAAAUAAAUGCAGUGAAUAAAGGAAUAAGCCUGCAUAUAAGCGGUCGGAGAAUUUUCAUCCACCAUUGUGAUGUUUAUCCUCUGAGAGAGACAGAGCGAGAGGGGAAAAAGAGUGUGUGUUCAGUCGUGUGUGUGUGUGUGUGUGUGUGUGUGUGUGUGUGUGUGUGUGUGUGUGUGUGUGUGUGUGUGAGAGAGAGAGUGUGUAGAUAUGUUAGUGAGGAUCAACAUGACACUGUGGUGGGCUCUGCUCAUCAUUAUUUACCUGUCCAUGUACCUGGCAGCCACUCAGCAUCACAGGAAAGCUCUGUAUCCAUCUGCAUACAGGAUAAAGCGUGGGGCAUAUUCGCUGAUCAACCCCACGUUCCAGCGUUCGUCAGAGGAUGUCAACCUGCUUUUUGAGAUCCUGCUAGCGGGAAUGGAGAUCCAAGGUGGGGAAAUGCUGAUCCCCGAUGAGGAGCUGGCCUCCCUGAGGAGCGUGGAGAAACUGGAGGUCAUCUGUGAGGACGUCCUGCCCAAGAGGCUUUCCGACAUUCGCCGUCUGAUAGCGGAGCUCGCCCAGCGCCGGCAGCCUCUGAGCUGGCAGGACUUUGAGAGGACGGUGCUGACCCUGGUGUACACCACCCAGACGCUGGCUCGAGUCAGCAGCCCGCAGCAGAGGGAGGCGUGGACAGACGCUGUGAUACAGCUGUUCAAAGCCGUUCAAAAGGACCUCACACCCUCUUAAAGAUCUCUUUCUCAGCAUGUCAGCAUUCAUCCAAUGCCCAAGCUUCGGGCGCUGACUCGGGAGGACUGAUUGAUGAGUAAGUGAAGACUGUGUGGAAUUUCCUUCUAAGACAGAGGAUCAGCCUUCACUCCCUGCACCGCUCUAACGAGGAUGAUGAGUUUUGGGAUGUGUCUGGGCACUACUUGACGGAGCGUAAAGAAGCCGGGGUACUGAAGAAAACAGUAGAGCUCAGGCUCUUGUUCCCAGUAUUGACUCUUGACAGUUUCAUUAAGGCAUUCCAACACUUACACCAUCUUUGCUCCAUGUGUUAUAUGACAAUUCCCAGAACUUCAUAGUUUUGAAUUGCAUUGCUUCUGGCAUAAAGUACAGUUUAAUUGUCUCAAAGUUUUAAAAAUGACUCACUAACUGCAUUGCUUCUUUUUAUCUCCAGCUCCUCCUCUGUGAUUGUGGAUGUAGAUUUAAUUUAAGAAAAAUUAGGCUUUUACCCGGGUUAUUGACUUAUCAGUAUACUUCAUGAAACAAGUCUAAUAUUUUAUCCAUUUAGUGUUUAUCCCUAAAUGUCAUGCAUAACCCACAGCAACAUAAUGCAUGUUGAGAGAGCAGCACCAAGUGGCUGCAGACAGAACUGCAGUUCCUUAUCUGAAACUUCAUUUUCUUAAAGCUUUAUACGUAUACAUUAUAUUAUUAUCAUAUAGUAUUAUCAUCAAAAUAUACUCAAUGUACCAACAGUAUAUGCAGAAUGGUCCAUUUGAAUAAUGCAUAUUAUAUUAUUAGAUAGAUAGAUGGAUAGAUAGAUGGAUGCUUAAAAGCAAUAUACAAUACUGUUAAACAAUAACUUGAAGAGUGGACGAUUUUUUUACUGGAUGCUCUAUAUACAUGUGUGAGGUUGGGAUAGUACAAGUUGUGCAAAAUUAAAUGCAAAGUAUGCUGUAAAGUUAUAGUGCAGGCUUUACCUCCCGACCCCUCCAUCCUGACACAGAGCUAGGGGGACUGGCUGUACAGGGAGAUGACAGCUGGCAGGAAGGACAGGAAGGAUUAUAAUUAGUGAUGCAUUAAUAUGUACAUCACUUUAAUGUUGUAGCUGGUAAAGGUGGGGCUUAUUUUAAUUACUUUACAUACUGCUGGGUAGCUUGUGAAUAAGUACAGUGCAAAUAAAGGACUUUGUCUCCUC